AUGAAUUUUGAAUGUCAUCCUAGUCCUCUUAAUGCAUCGGUGUUGUUCUUGGACAAGAAUCACCGUGUGUUUGAGGUAUUCAAAAAUCCAACAGAGUAUAGUAACACAAUAAAUAUUAGACGAUCAGAUCGAGCGUUCUGGCAGCAUAUGAAAGAAAAUCCGGUUGGUGGAAGGGUAGAAGGUUUAAUACAUGCAGCAGGAUUCAGCGGGAUACUGCAAAUUAGGUACCGGUAUGUAGACCACGCCUUAAUAACUGCGUUGGUUGAGAGGUGGAGGCCAGAAACUCACACGUUUCACCUUCCUUUUGGAGAAACGACUAUGACAUUACAGGAUGUCAACGUGUUGUGGGGGCUACCAAUAGAUGGGUUGCCUAUAUCUGGGGCUGACACUGGUAUGUCGAUGUAUACUGUAAGAGACAAGUGUCAACAGGUGUUGGGGUUUACCCCUGAGGAAGCUGAUGUGAGGGGCAAAAGGGUUAAGUCCUCCCGAGUUUUACAACAAAUAACGUCCAAUUUUUCUGAAAACGAAGCAUCAGAUCAAGAUUGCAUUUUUCGUGCACGUCAAAUAAUAUUUUAUUUGAUAGGGUGCAUAGUCUUACCUGAUAAUGCAAACCACCUGAUUGAUGUCAAAUUUUUAGAAUUUCUCGUAGACUUGCCCGCAUGUUCGGGAUAUAGUUGGGGCAGUGCUGUGUUAGCUCACCUUUACAGAAACCUUUGUAACGCUGCAGCACCUAAUGCUAUAGCCAUUACUGGCCCAGUUGCGCUUCUACAAGUGUGGGUUUGGGAGAGGUUUCGUUGUUUUGCUCCUGCUAUUGCCCGGUUCCAGUACAAUGCCCCGUGGAAGGGAAGCUUAACGUGUACAGAUAUUUCCACACAUUGCCUGAAAACAUAUAGAUCUCAGCUGCAAUUUAUGACCGAGGCAACGUUUAAUUGGAGACCAUACGACGACAUUGUGGCUAGACUCCCCGAUAUAUGUCGGAGUGGUAUGGGAAUUUGGCGGAGUUGUUGCCCUCUGCUAUACUACUCGGUUGUGGAGCAUCACUAUCCUCAACGAGUGAUGAGACAGUUUGGCAUGUUCCAGCUUCAUUCCAUGAACCGGAGAAGGAAAACCGGCUGGAACUGGUUAAGUCGUCACGCAGCGUAUGUUUGUCAGUGGGAGGCACGUCAUCAAAACUUGGUCACCGGGGAACUCAUCACAUCUGUUUCCGUUGCCAAUGAUUACAUGCCGUGGUACAUGGAACAUACCGUGUUAUAUGUGUCUAACCCACAGUUGCCAGCUGGCCCUACGAGCGGUUUUCAAGACGAAGGAGCAAGGGCCCAAAUGAUGUCGAAGACGAUGGGUCUAAUUCACCGAUCUGAAGAUGUGGACGUUAUUCAUGGUGCGGCGUAUCGGGCCCUUAAGAUGUCUAAUGUUCCACAAUACACACAAUAUUCGACUCAUCUGACACAGGAGCCGGUGGACCUUGUUUCAUAUCCUCGUACACAGAUGUUAGGGAGGCCCCGACGUCGUGGUCGUGGUGGUAGAAACGUUCAAGAGGCCGUGACAUCAAAUUGGGGCACAAACUUCGAAACAGGGGGAUCAGGAUCCGGUGUUAACGAAAAUGAAAAUUUUGCGGGAAACUUUGGUUGGUCACAUAACGUUGGCACUAUGUUUGCGGAUGCUAAUAUAGCGCCAAACAAUGAUGAUACAGAUAUGGGUGGAUCAUGGCAGUCACUGUUGGCUACGGCAUGCAUCUCCGAGGGUUUUGACGUCGGUGACUUAUUGGACCCCCAACAGAAUGAUAUGGGUAACAACAAUCAGUUUGUAGACCCAAACAUAAGUCAGGCGGGGUUUUUUAGCCCCUCGUCACAUAUGAUGGACCCCAACACAAGUCUGGCAGGGUUUGUUACCCCCGAGUCACAGAUGAUAACCUUUAUGCCGGAGACCCAAACAAACUAUCAGUACUGGGCCCCAAACCAAAGUAACGAAGAUCACCGGAACCGUUAUGAAAAUGUUGAACCAAACCCCUUAGACUGGCGUCUCGACUUGAACCUGUUUCCACCACCGAAUGACCCAUAG